AUGACGUCACCGGCAACCCGCCUUCAUAGUCGGCGGCCGUCGACGACGCCGUCCCUCGUCUCCGUGACGGAGGACUACAACUACCCUCUGCCGACGAGGAGCGGUGUCCUCGCGUCCCUCAUCAGGACGAGGUCGGUCUCCAGCCUGUCAAGCGCCGGACGCCGUCAUCCGCCCUCUGACGAGGAGGCCUGCGCUGCCGAGGACGACAUAGAGCGUCUGAUCCACGACGAGCACCGCCUAAACCAGCUACUCCACGGUUCCCAGGCGCGUAGCAAGAUUCUGAUUGGCAAGAGUAACCCGCGCUACCGAUGGGAGAGGUAUUGGAAGGAUGAGGAGCAGCUCGACGCCAUGAGUGCACCUCUACGUAACUAUUAUGAGCGCACCAACGAGCUCAUAGAGCAGUACCUCUAUAUUGACAGGCUUCUCGACUCGACCAUUCCCCACGAGAUCCUGUCCGAGUACUCCACCGAGCUGGAGGCUUCUGCCUACCGACCUGUCGACGUCCCUGCUACCAUCCCCGAGGACGACGCGAAUUCUCAGCUGUCCGACUCCCCACUGUCCUUGAAAGCCAAUGACAACAAUGACAACAGCAAUGCCGGCAGCAACGGCAACUACGGUAGCAUCGCGCCCACCCCCGACAUAAGGGGCAGCUCCAACAACUCCAACAACGCCAACAGCCCCGGCAGCCGCCCCCCCAAGCAGAACCGUACCCCCAAGGACAUCUUCCGUUCGUCCGAAGCUCUGCCCCUCCUGCAGCGCGACGACGAGGACGAUCAUCACGAGGAUGACGAGCACCACAGGGCCGGCUCGUCCAGCAACGCCUCCGGCUCAGGUCCCCAGCCCAAUCUCCCCUGGCUCGAGGAUGCCGAGCUUGAUAGCGACAGCCCCAUCGUCACCCUCGCCAUCUGGAUCAACCUGAUUGCCAACACGGUCCUGCUUCUGGGCAAGCUGGUCGUCGUGCUCAGCGUGCCCUCCAUGUCCGUCCUGGCCAGUCUGGUCGACGCCGUCCUCGACUUCCUGUCCACGGCCAUCGUCUGGACCACCACGCGCCUCAUCUCGCGCAGCCAGUCCGACCAGUAUAGCUAUCCCGUCGGCCGGCGUCGUCUCGAGCCCGUGGGUGUGCUUGUAUUCUCCAUCAUCAUGAUCACCUGUUUCUUCCAGGUCGGCAUGCAGUGUAUCCAUAAGCUUAUGGGACCCGAGCACACCAUUGUCGAGCUCGGCGUCCCGGCCAUUGCCAUCAUGGGAGGAACCAUCGUUAUCAAGGGUGUUGUCUGGAUCUGGUGCCGUCUUGUCCGCAACUCGAGUGUCAGGGCUCUGGCUGAGGAUUGCAAGACGGAUGUCAUCUUCAACACGGGUUCCAUCCUGUUCCCUAUCAUCGGCUGGUACGGCCGCAUAUGGUGGCUCGACGCCCUGGGUGGUCUCCUCCUAUCCGCCUAUGUCGUCUUCCAGUGGAGUGACACGUCGGCCCACCACGUGCGUAACCUCACGGGUUUCUCGGCCUCGCCCGACGAGCGCAACCUCCUCCUGUACCUGACGAUGCGCUUCGCCACAUCGAUCCGCAAUAUCCAGAACCUGCGCGCCUACCAUGCCGGCGACAGGCUCUUCGUCGAGGUCGACAUCGUCCUCGACGCCAGCAUGCCCCUCAAGGACAGCCACGACCUGUCCGAGGUGCUGACCUACUUCCUCGAGUCAGUGCCCAUUGUCGAUCGAGCCUUUGUUCACGUCGAUUAUACUAGCUACAAUGCCCCCACGCAUAUGCUCAAACAGGAUUCGUCCAACUGA